AUGGCUUGUAGUUGCUCCAUCGUUUUCUUUUCGCUCUUGUUGUCGGCCGCGUCUGCCGGACACUUAUUCAACAACAAGGAGCCCGGUUAUGUCCCCAAGACGAGGAAAAAUGGCUUUGGACUCAGGACCGCUCCUCUCCCUCACGAGUAUUUGAACGUGAGCGAUUUGCCCAAGUCGUGGGACUGGAGGAACAUCGGCGGAAUCAACUACGUCAGCGCCACCCGCAAUCAGCACAUUCCUCAGUACUGCGGCUCGUGUUGGGCUCACGGCAGCACCAGCGCGAUGGCAGAUCGCAUCAAUAUUAAGCGGAGAGGAGCGUGGCCGUCGGCCUACCUGUCCGUACAGCACGUGGUGGACUGCGCGCAGGCCGGUACUUGCCACGGCGGGGAUCACCUCAGCGUUUGGGAGUACGCCAACGCCCACGGCGUCCCGGACGAGACGUGCAGUAACUACCAGGCCAAAGACCAGGAAUGUAAAGCCUUCAACGAGUGCGGCACCUGCACCACCUUCGGCGUAUGCGACGUGGUGAAGAACUACACCCUGUGGAAAGUGGCCGAUUACGGAGCGGUGAGCGGAAGGGAGAAGAUGAUGGCAGAAAUCUACGCCAGAGGUCCCAUAAGCUGCGGGAUCAUGGCGACAGAAAAACUGGACGCGUACGACGGCGGUCUGUACUCUGAGUAUGUCGAGACACCCUACGUAAACCACAUCGUGUCAGUGGCGGGAUGGGGAGUCGAGAACGGGGUGGAGUACUGGAUCGUGCGCAACUCCUGGGGAGAGCCGUGGGGGGAGAAAGGUUGGCUCCGGAUCGUCACCAGCUCCUUCAAAGGAGGAAGCGGAAGUUCCUACAACCUGGCGGUGGAGACGGACUGCGCCUACGGAGACCCCGUCCUCCCAAAAGACUACCUCGUCUAG